UCCGGCCAGAGCCGCUAGCGCUGCGAGAGCGGGCUUCGGGCACUUGACAUGGCGGCAGCGGCGGCGACUGCAGCGGCGAAGGGGAAUGGGGGCGGCGGUGGCAGGGCUGGGGCCGGGGACGCCAGCGGCACGCGGAAGAAGAAGGGCCCAGGGCCCCUGGCCACGGCGUACCUGGUUAUCUACAAUGUGGUGAUGACAGCCGGGUGGCUGGUUAUAGCGGUUGGUCUGGUCCGAGCAUACCUGGCUAAGGGCAGCUACCAUAGCCUUUAUUAUUCAAUUGAAAAGCCUUUGAAAUUCUUUCAAACUGGAGCCUUAUUGGAGAUUUUACAUUGUGCUAUAGGAAUUGUUCCAUCUUCUGUUGUCCUGACUUCUUUCCAGGUGAUGUCAAGAGUUUUUCUAAUAUGGGCAGUAACACAUAGCGUCAAAGAGGUACAGAGUGAAGACAGUGUCCUCCUGUUUGUUAUUGCCUGGACGAUCACGGAAAUCAUCCGUUACUCCUUUUAUACAUUCAGUCUGUUAAACCAUCUGCCUUACCUCAUCAAAUGGGCCAGGUACACACUUUUCAUUGUGCUGUACCCAAUGGGAGUGUCAGGAGAACUACUCACAAUAUACGCAGCUCUGCCCUUUGUCAGACAAGCUGGCCUGUAUUCCAUCAGUUUACCCAACAAAUACAAUUUCUCUUUUGACUACCAUGCAUUCCUGAUUCUAAUAAUGAUCUCCUACAUUCCAAUUUUUCCCCAGUUGUAUUUCCACAUGAUACACCAGAGAAGAAAGAUCCUUUCUCAUACUGAAGAGCACAAGAAAUUUGAAUAGUUCCUGCUUUCUGCACCUCCCACCAAAACAAACUUUUCAAUGAUCAAAAAAUGCUGCAGACUUUUUGAGUUCCCAAUACGUUUCAUAGAAAAUAAGUAAGAACUAUUUUUAAAAUAUUCAAACAAAACUAAAACAAAAAUCCAGUGUCACGUGGGCCUGAGAUUUUAUUUUAGAAAAAGAUUGUUACAUAAAACACCCUGGCCAGUUCAUUUCAGCAUGCUCUUUCAACCAGAAGUUCCUAAUAUUUAUGAUGGCACUAGAAAGGGAUUUGGCAUUUUAUGUCCUUCUGUGUCCUUCAUGUAUCUGAUCAAUAAAGACCUGUAACACUAAGUACUUGAGAGUUACAGUCUGAAUAAUGAAGUCGUACCAACCGAAUAGCCCAGCUUGCAGUAUAGUUAUGUUUCAGUCUGCAGUGUGUUUAGCAUUCCCUUGUCAAAGUGCUUGACUGCAUGCUGGAAACUAUUUGUAUUUUUGAAGCGGCAAACUCUGUUCUCUGGAAUGCUCUGAAGUUAUGGCUGGGACCUAUCCCCUCAUAUCUAAUGAAUGAAUUAUAAAAUGUAUAUGCCUAUGAAGCUUCGGGGUAGUGCCCAUAAUCAGAAAACAACUUAGAACCC